CGAGGGAGACUGAUGGUCUGAAAUCGGACAGGCUGUCGAGCGCAACGACAGUGCGCAGGUUGAGCACAAAGACUGCAGUUUUAAAAGGAUUUGUUGUCCAGCUCUCGGUACGAAAGUGAAAGGUUGGAAAAAAAAUAAGGCAGCACACGGCCAUGUCCAAGGAUAAGAGCAGCUACCCUGUGAUGGGGGAGACCAACCCUUUGCACAACUCCGUGUUCGGACAGCCCAGCCCCACCAGCUUCGCCAUGCCCCCCCCCAACUACAGCCAGGCCCCCCCCGGGGGCGCACCCUACCCCUCGCCCGCUGCCUUCGUGCAGCCGGGGUUUGGCCCCGCCCCCUACCCGCAGAUGCCCUAUCCUCCAGGCCCUUACCAGCAGGCCCCGCCCCAACCAGACUUCACUGCUGGGUCCACCGCUCCUCUGAACAACCCUGGUUACCACGGUGAUGUACCUCCAUCUUACUAUGGCAACGAGGAGUUCAGCAGCUCAGGCUUUGAGGACAAGUCAAUUCGGCAGGCCUUCAUACGCAAGGUGUUUCUGGUCCUGACCGUCCAGCUGCUGGUCACCUUCUCCUUCGUGGCGGUCUUCACCUUCGUGGACGAUGCCAAGCGCUUCGUGCGGAUGAACCCGUGGACGUACUACGUGUCCUACGCCAUCUUCUUCGUCACCCUCAUCGUGCUCAGCUGCUGCGGAGAAUUUCGCCGCAAACACCCCUGGAACCUGGUGGCGUUGUCCAUCCUGACGCUCAGUCUGUCCUACAUGGUGGGGAUGAUCGCCAGCUUCUACGACACGGACUCCGUCAUCAUGGCUGUGGGCAUCACGGCUGUAGUGUGCUUCACUGUGGUCCUCUUCUCUCUGCAGAGCAAAUACGACUUCACUUCCUGUCGGGGGGUCCUGUUCGUCUGCCUCAUCGUGCUGCUACUCUUCUCCUUCCUCUGCAUCUUCAUUCGCCACCGGAUCCUGCACAUCGUCUACGCGUCCCUGGGAGCGCUGCUCUUCACCUGCUUCUUGGCUGUGGACACCCAGCUGUUGCUGGGAAACAAGAAACUGGCUUUGAGCCCGGAGGAGUACAUCUUCGCCGCGCUGAAUCUCUACACCGACAUCAUCAACAUCUUCCUGUUCAUCCUGGCCAUUGUGGGCCGGGCGCGCGAUUGAGCGCCCCCUAGGGGACAGGAUGCCCUUCUUCUCCACACCCUUCAGAGGCCAGGCUUGAAAAAAAAAAAAAAAAACACUCUUCACUAAUUUUCACUCAGUCACAGCCCGAAAAAGUUUUGGAUUGCCGGUCGGUUUUUGUCUUUGAUUGCACCACUCUGUGGAAUUUGUGGUUCCUCUGCAGAGUGAAGUCUAAGUCCCUAAUUCACAACCCACCCCCCUUCCAGCCCCACCCCACUGUGCCUGACCCACCCUCCCCCCUCUCUGCAGUGUAGGCUGUUUAUGUUGUUUUUGUAUAAUAACUGAUGUGGACAGUGUUUUUUUGUGUUUGUAAGAAGACUAUGCGUUUGCUUGUGAUUUGACUUCUGACCCACAGGUAGGAGUGGGUAGACAGGCAGCUCCUGAUCAGUUUUAUUAAUAUGAAUAAGUUAUGAUGUUGUGAUUUAUUUAUUGACCUGUAGGGCUGUAUGUAGCAUGCAACUGCAACCCUCCAACAAACAUUCCAACAACCUCCCUGCAACCCUCCCACAACCCCCUCACUACCCUCCAACAACCUCCUCACUACCCUCCAACAAACAUUACAACAACCCCCCUGCAACCCUCCACCAACCUCCCUGCAACCCUCCAACAACAUUCCAACAACCUCCUCGCAACCCUCCCACAACCCCCUCACUACCCUCCAAAGAACAUUCCCACAACCUCCCAGCAACCCUCCAACAACAUUCCAACAACCACCCCGCCAUCCUAUAACAAACACACCAGCAACAAUCCAAUAACCUCCCAGCAACCCUCCCACAACCCCCCUGUAACCCUCC